ACGCAUAAUUGUGUUCGAUGGGUCACGUAACACAUGUUUCGUGAUCAGGGUGAACCGAGGUUGGGAAACAUCGCUCUACAUAACGAGACGCACGAAACAACAAGUGUCACAGGCAUGGCCACGGCACGAAAUAAACACGACAUUUAUUCUGAAGGCCGUAACUGGAAACGCUGACUUAACUCGGCUUCCUGCAAACACACACCGUCUCCUGGCGAACAUGGCGGCAACUUGACAACGGCAGCGAGGUGAAGACGGCGAGGGCUUGAACAAGAAACGAGGUCCGUACCAGGCUGAAGGCCCAUAACGCCGACACAAAGGCAGACAAGCUUCGCCAUGUUGGAAGAGGAUAGCGCCCUUGUCCCUGCACGACCGAGGCCGGGGAAAACGUAAAAACGCGUCGGUGAGUGUUUCUAAAAACGGAGUCGGGGGCUACGCAGAGGAGCGGCGCGGCGCGGAGCUCGGGGCGGGCGGGAGGACAGCGGCUUCACCGGUCAGCCAUGGAGGAUGCGGCCCGUGGUCGCCAGCGUCUAAUUUCCCAUCCGGCCCACGCUCAUUUUAAUGGGAAUUACCGCUGAACGCGAAGGCCAACCGGGACAACCCACCGCCUGACAUUCCGAGGGGAGGAAAACGCGAAGCGGACCCCCACGUCAAUGACUGUUGCGGCAGAGGAGCCCCCACGGUGGAGUCGGCCGGUUCCCAAAAUAUGACCAGGGGUGCUGGGACGUGUCGGCAGCAAGAAGAUGACGACGGCUUCCAAAUCUGGCUAGAGCCCCCCCGCGACAACCAAAAGCCAUUCACCGACUCCGAGAGGGCGCAGAGAUGGCGACUGUCCUUGGCAUCCCUCUUGUUCCUCACCAUCCUCCUCUCUGAUCACCUGUGGUUCUGCGCCGAGGCCAAGCUGGCCCGGACCCGGGUCAAGUUCGCGUCAUCCCACCUCCUCUCACCCCAGACCCACUCAGCACACAGCAGCCUCAGAGGAACCCCAGAUGCUAUUUUUAUAGGAAACUCUACCAAACAUGUGUGGCGUCUUGAAACUUGCCACCGGGAUAGUUUGUCUCGGAACUGCUUCACUUUCGCAGACGCCGACCAUUUGUGCGGGGGCCUCCACGACAAAGAGCGGACGCCGGCUGUAAAUAUGAGCGAUUUGUACCUCUCCUUUUGUAACUCUUACUCGCUGCUGGAUUUGUUCUACGGGUCGACGAGUCCGGACAAUUUGAACUGCAGCCUCGACGUGCUCGGCGACGGCGACACGAACAGAUGCAGCCUGUGCGUCCAGGCGUACCAGCGCUACGACCAGCACGCCCAGGAGAAGUACGAGGACUUUGAGCUCCUGACUCAGAAAUACGAGCCGGGGGCAUAUUCGGUGAGGACGUGCAUGGAGCAGUGCAAGACGGCCUAUAAGCCCUGGUUGUGCGCUCAGUACUUCCCCACCACCCAGCUGUCCUGUCAGAGGAAGGUGCCGUGCCACCAGUACUGCCUGGAGGUCCAGCAGAGCUGUCCGUUCAUCCUGCCCGACAACGACGACCUGAUCCACGGCGGCAGCCCCAGCUUCAUCUGCACAGGGAUCCUGGCUGAUCAUCUAUCGGACAGCGAGGCCGAGUGCUGCGACGUCCGAUGGGACCCCAAAAUGGACAGCCCCUCAGGCGGGACACUAAAAAGGACUGCCUCCUCCUGCCAGCCCGAGGGGGCCUCGGUCACCUCCGCCGCCACCCUGAGACUGUGCAGUGGGCGGCUGAAGAUCUGCCUGCUGGCCCUCGUCCUCCUACACACUGUCAUCAUCAUCUCGGCCUCCCACAACUCCACGUUGGUGGGCGUGGCGGCCAUUUUCUCGCCAGAGGAGAGCGCUUCUAACGAGGAGUGAACCUUUUUGGGGUUGAAUCCGGUGCUUGCGGGGAGUCAUGCCGGGUUUUCUUUUUUUUGGGGGGGGUGGGGGGGCAGAUGCCUCUACGAUCUCGCCCGCCGACGAACCAUCAGCCACGGGGAGUGGGAGGUUUUCACUGGAGCCGAGGGUGCCGGAGAUUGGACGUCGACCGAAACCGAGGAGUUUUGAACCGCCCCCCUAAAGGACUGACCUCUUGCCACUUGAAACCUGCUCAUUGUUUCUAUCCCACCCAAAUGUUUUCUAGCAUAUUGUCCCUCCCCCUCCACCUACCCUCCCUCCCCCCUCCCGGCAUUUCCCGUGUGCAUGGACGGCACGUCGAAGGAGACAAACGGACAUCGAUGAAGUGUCGCGUACUCACUUACCUUUUUCGAUUUUUGCUGCAUUUCUUUCAGGUGCCAGAAUGUUUUAUUUUUAACAUCAACUGUGUUCCACUUCCUGCUCUCCAUCACCUCGGGGGGGGGGGGGGGGGGAGGCGGGGGUCAUCCAUCAAUCAUGUGGGUCUUGUUUCUCUGCGAACAGGAAUGUGCGUGUGUGUGUGGUUCCUCUAUGUUCUUAACAUUCAGAAUUGUAUUUUG